AUGCGGCAGUUCAAUGUAUUCAAGGCUGCUUGCCUCUUGCCCGCCCUGAUAUCAGCACAGUGUCCAGAGUAUAUCGAUUACGCAAAGGAGAUUCACGAGCCUUCGAGCUCUGGGAAAUACAAGCUUGCAUACCAACGUCCUUCAGAAGAAUGCCGAACGUUUAAGAACCAGGCACUGGAAGACACGAUCACGCGUCUCGAGACCGUUAUUCAUGACCCAGAUCUUUAUCGACUUUUCCAAAAUGCGUACCCUAACACACUCGACACGGCAAUCCGGUGGAAGGGAGUCGCGGCAGACAAUGCUGAAGAAGAGCUUACGUUCAUCAUUACGGGCGAUAUUAACGCGAUGUGGCUCCGUGAUUCAUCAAACCAGAUGCAAAGCUACCUGUCACUCCUUAAUGCUAGCAGCGACCCGAACUCAAUCGCAAGUCUUUACCGAGGUGUCAUCAAUCUGCAGGCUCGCUACCUCCUCACAUCGCCUUACUGCAAUUCCUUCCAGCCGCCUGUGGAGAGUGGAAUUGAGAUAGCGCUAAACAACGCCGCUAGUGAGGACACAGUCUUCCCUGCCUACUCCAACCAAUCCGUUUUUGAAUGCAAGUACGAACUUGACUCACUGGGGGCUUUCCUGCAGAUCUCUACAGACUACUACAGAGCCACGGGCGACUACGAGUUCUUUGGCAAGUUCAAGUGGAUCUCGGCUGUUGAAGCAGUCCUGAAGGUGGCACAUGAUAUGAUGUUGCCUACAUACGGACCAGAAGGAGUAGUUCUGGAAAGCUCAUACACUUUCACGCGUCUUACAACACGUGCAACUGAGACGUUUUCGAACGACGGCAUUGGCAACCCUGUUGCUAACGGCACUGGCCUCAUCAGAAGCGGUUUCCGGCCCAGCGAUGACUCGACAAUCUUUCAGCUAUUCAUCCCAGCAAACAUGAUGUUCAGUACUCUCUUAGCCUCCACAUCGGAGAUCAUGGGCAAGCUGAACGUGGGGAAUUCGGCAUCACUUGCCCAACAGAUGUCCGAUCUGUCGAAUUCACUUCACGAUGCCAUCGAAACGCACGGCACGGUCGAUCACCCCACCUAUGGCAAGGUUUACGCCUUCGAAAUUGAUGGCUUUGGUUCUACAGCGAUUAUGGAUGAUGCAAACAUCCCUUCGCUGCUCUCUGCACCCUUUCUUGGGUAUCGCAUCGAUGAACAAACCUACAUAAACACACGGAAUCUCAUCUUGAGCGCCACUAACCCGUACUACAUGCGUGGACCCGUCAUCAACGCCAUCGGUGGGCCACAUCAAGGUCCUGGUAUGGCAUGGCCGAUGGCUUCUAUUGUCCGCAUCUUGACAAGUGACAACGAUGAAGAGAUCACCAACGAAUUGAUGCAGAUUGUCAGUAGCACUGACCGACUGGGCUUGGUGCACGAGAGCAUCAACACCUUUAACCAGAGCGACUGGACAAGGCAGUGGUUCUCAUGGGCCAAUGGUCUGUUCGGGAACAUGAUUCUCGAUUUGGAGAACCGGAAACCAGGCAUCUUGGAAACGAGCUUUCAGUGA